AUGAUGCAGGACGGCUUCGAGCUACGAAAGGGAUCUACCAGACCAUUGGCAGCCUACUGCAACGCUUGCAUCAUCCGGUCCCUGGAAGACGUCGAGAUGCUGGACGACAUCCUGGACGCCUCGGCCGACUCCACCAUCCGUGCGGGCUUCUCCCGCCAGUCGGCAGCAGGACUGGCGACGACGACCGUAGGGAUCCUGGGCACAGCGAACACCAAGCUAGGCGCUGUGGCAGCGAGCACCAACACCAGUACCAGCACGUCUAAAAAGGUUGAUUACUGCGUGACGAUCCUCGAUCGGGGGGACGCGCGCAUCGCCCAGCUGGUCAAGGCAGGUGUACUGCUUAACCAUACUGCAUUCGAGCCAUACACCAAGACGCCCAUCGGACUGUCCAUCGAGACCAAGGACAAGGCCCGCAAGGCGGACGAGGACGACGCCCAGGCACAGAUUGGUGUUUGGAUCUCGGCGCAGUACUAG